AUGGAAACCUUUUCAGGGCUUGAAAACUUGGAAGAACUGAACAUGGAAUGCAAUAAUUUAAAUUUAAACGAAUCAACGGCAUUCACUCCAUUACAAAAAUUGAAAUAUCUCUACUUGAAAUGUCAACAUGAGAACGAUGAAAAUGAAAUUACGAUGGAUUAUCCUAGGUCUCUAGUACUGUUGACACGUGAUGUUAAUGAUCCAUUCCUAUCUUUGGGACCAGAGUUUCUACAGUUAAGGAACUUGUCGACGUUGGUAUUAUCUGGUCAGGCAAAGUUUGUAAACAGCACAAGUUUUGUUAUGGUACCACAUAUUCGAGAGCUCGUCUUAACACGUUUUUUCGACAUGUUUUAUAUUAGUCCUAACAGUUUUUGUCAGCUGUAUAAAUUAGAGAUACUACGUGUGAUAACAGUCCCUAUAGGGGUCAAACCCGCUAUGAAAUGGUUCGAGUGUCUUGCUGGAAGAACGAUGAAAAUUAUCACCUUGCAAGACAUAGCAAUCAGCCGGACAAGACUAGACAUUAAUUUAAUUAAUGGUGACAGUUAUUUAAGCAAAAACAUUACGUCGUCGCUAACACAAAUUUGUGUUGAAGAAUUUACAUUAAAAUCUAGCUAUGUGCAGUUGAUUUAUGUGAACGCUCUGCAUAGCCUUGUGUGGGAUCGCUGCCUUAAAGUGCUAGAUCUUGGUGACAAUCCGCUGAUUGGUCAGAUUUUUGCAGACUUCCAGCUUCUAAGGUUCCGGAAUUUAGAGCGUAUUGAACUCUCCGACACCUUCAGGUCAAGAUUUAACUUGCAAACGUUCUGGGAAAAUCCAGAUUAUGAUUUCAUGAAAAAAUCACUUUAUUCUAAACAGCUAAUUAAAAUGAACUUUAAGAACAGCUCUCACGAAAAUAUAAUUUCAACACAAACGCAUUCGGUGAACAAUAACGAUCAAAAUUUCGGUUGUCUUGGUCUCAGAUUCUCAUCGUCACUAAAACAUAUUAGCAUUCGUAGACUGAUAGACAAAUAUGGUUUUGAAUUAUGCAUCGUGUUAUGGGGCACUAACAACAUUGACUAUUUGGAUUUAUCAGAUUGUGGACUGUAUAAUUUUAAAUUCAAAAUAUCCGGAUUCCCUUCAAUAAAAACUGCUAUAUUUUCUGCUAAUGAUAUGGGAUUAAUUCCAGAAACAUUUUUUGAUGCCUUGCCGCUGCUGGAGAAGGUUGCUAUGUCAACGUGUAAUCUGGUAGUUUCUAUGAUGAGCUCAAAGGGCGGCAGGUACCUAGAACAUCUGAAAAACCUACAAUGGAUCGACCUGUCUUCGAACGCACUUAACCUGCCGGCACCUGAUAUUUUUAAGUUUAACUCUAACUUAAAAGCCGUAAACCUUGCAAAUAAUCGAUUCCUUUACUUCCCAUUUAAUUUACACCACACCCCAAAUCUUAUCAUUCUGGAUAUGAGUGACAAUGCUUUAACAUCAAUAGACAAGGAUGUCCAGAAACAGCUUGACGAGUUAGUUCUCCGGAAUGGACUAUUUUACAUGAAGCUGGCUGGAAACGUAUUUUCUUGCCAGUGUAGCAACAUUCAAUUUCUUCACUGGCUGCAAAACACGCUCGUGACAUUGGACAACAACAGGAACUACACGUGCAUGGAUAAAGACGGGAUGCUGACCAACACGCUCCGCUAUAAGAAUCUUGAUACACUCUGGCAAAACUGUAUGGGGGAAUUUUAUUUUUCUUUGAGCAUGGUGAUAUUCUGUGUUUCCGGAAUAGGAUUUUUAACGGUUUUUAUAUUCAAUAAAAAUUAUAAUUAUGUUAAGGCAUAUGUGAUGAAUCUUUUCGGUACUUUUAAGUACCACAAGCCGAACGAUUACACGAUGGGCGUGUUUAUCGGAUACGCUGACCAAGAUUACAAGUUCGCCUGUGAUUCUCUCUUGCCGUAUUUGGAAACGACUCUCGGCCUGAAGGCGUUUGUACGUGACCGUGACCUUUUACCUGGGUGUGACGUGGCGCGCGGGUUGGUCGAGGCGCUCAAUUCCAGCUGGAGGAUCGUUCUGGUGUUCAGUGAAAACUUUCUCAGAGCAGACGACUGGAUGUGGUUUACCAUCAGGUGCGCCAUCUACUCCCAGACACCUGCCAACCCGUCUAGAAUCGUCGUCAUGGUCCACAAACAACACCUGCAUCAUUUACCUGACGAGCUGCUCAGUGCUGUGUUGGACGAGAACGUCAUCGUGGUCUCCAGGUGGGAGCUGGAUUACGUCAUCAGACAAAAACUUAGAACUCUUUUGUUCUAAUGGUCAGGUCUAGCAUUAAUAUUUGAUUUUAUAAAAAUACAGCUGUAGCCCACAUACAUCAUAGGCAAGUGUAAAUAACAUACAUCAUAGGCAAGUGUAAAUAACAUACAUCAUAGGCAAGUGUAAAUAACAUACAUCAUAGGCAAGUGUAAAUACCAUACAUCAUAGGCAAGUGUAAAUAACACACGUCAUAGGCAAGUGUAAAUAACAUACGCUAUAAUUUAGUAAGUAACGUUGCUGAAAAAUUAAAUAAAGUGGCAUUGGUAUUUUAAGAUUUAAAAUGUUUACGGGUCAUAUAUUUGAUUUUGAGCUUCAAAGUCUAACUUAACUUUCAUAUUAUGUUUUACCAUAUGUUGUUAAAUAGGUGUACACUAAUUGGCAUUAUGUUGUUGAACGUGUAAUUUUAUAUUAUUUGUGUUAAAUUCACCCGACAUAUUUCAUGUUUUCAUUAGAACCCAAUCUGUCUUACUAAAUUAUAACAAAGCU